CACCGAUAGGGGUCAGUGGACACCAGACCUUAUCAAGCGGUUUUGUGAGAUCUAUUGCGGCGUAAUGGAUACUGGGAACGACAAAUGCCUAAAGGGUAAAAUGACGCCGCGCGGCUGGGAGGAAAUCUCAAACAGGUUUUUGUUGGCAACCCAAAUUUAUCAUGACACUGAGCAAUUCAAGUACCUGUUGAAGAAGCUGCGGUUGAAGUGGAACUUUAUAGAACAGAAGUUGAGGAAAGGCUCUGGGUUGGGCCGCGGGGAUGGCACCAUACCUGAGGCGUCUACGGACUGGUGGAAGUCGGCCACUGCGGGCAACCAAGACUUGAUGGCGCUCAGGGAUGGGUUUCCUGACUACAUAGAGGAGAUGGAUAAAAUGUUCGCUGGCUUUGUUGCUGAUGGUUCCACCUCGUAUGCCCCUGGGCAACGCUCAGUACAGGACAUUACCAGUGAUGACGCUGAAGAUGAAGAGGAACAAGAGCCAGAUGAUCAACAUGUGGCCACACCUGUUAGCGUUGGCAGCAAGAGGACCAGCAGCUCACGCAGCACACACAGCCUACGCAGCACAGCAAGCAGUCCCCAUAAGAAGGUAAAGAGCCCAGCAGUGAGGGCCAUGUGCGAAAAGAUUGGGGGUCUCACUGCAGCAAUUGGUGAUGGCCGUGAAUACUUCAAUGGCACCCUGAGGCUGCGUGCAGCGCAACGUCAGGCAGCAGAGCAGGCUGCCAUCCAGGCAGCGGAGCGGAAGAAGAAAGAGGAGGAGGAGCAGGUGGACCUCAUUAUCAGUUUGGCCAAAGAGUGUGGCUUCACUGAGAGCAGCCCAGAAUGGCUUGGUGUCCUCAACAUACUCGAGAAUGAGAAGGCCAUCAUCUGGUUCCUCAAGAAUGGUGUUGAAGGAAGGAAACAGACCAUCAAAGCCUACGCAAAUCGGGUCUAGACCUUCUCAACCAUUCAUGUAUCCUUUGUGUCCGUAGACCUUAGUUUGUGAUGGCUGUCUUAGUUUGUGAAGGUUGUGUGUUGGACAACUAAAGCUUGCAUGUGU